AUGCCUUAUGUAGAGGUUAAAACAAAUGUCAAGAUCCAAGAUCACACUAAAUUCUUGAAAUCUCUAAACGAUCUAUCGGUCAAACUUCUCAAAAAACCCAAUUCUUAUAUCUCUGUCAGUUUACAAGACGAUGUUUCGCUCCUCUUUGCCGGCACUGACAGUCCCGCGUAUGUUGUGCAUGUGAACUCGUUGGGUACUUUUGAUAAUUCAGAAUAUAAUAAAGAAAUCUCUAAACAAUACUCGGAGUUUUUGCAACAAGAAUUGGGUGCAACCAGUGAUCGUGGAUAUAUUUUCAUGAAUGAUGGUGGACGUCAAAAUUCGCUAUUAGAUAUUUACAAUAUUGUGACAGAGGAGGCGGAUAAAGAGCAUGACAAAGAAGAAAAUAAAUCGAAAAAGAAAAUAUCAAAAAAUCGGCUUAAGCGAGAGGCUAGACAUAAAGCUCUUUAUGAAUCAUUUGAAAAACGGUUCAAUGCCUUUUAUUUACAGCAAUAUGAUGAUGAAAGAUGGAUAGAAUUAUAUGAUGCUUUAAAACAGCCGGCAAGACAUUGCGCCAUGAUUAAUAAAUACACAGAUCAAACAACAAUAUCUGAAAUGCUUGAAUCAAGAUUAGAGAGAUUAACGUAUUUAGAUAUUCCAUGUUAUUCGUUUCCAAACCGAUUUCCACAACCGAAGGGAGACUCAAAAAAUAUAUUUGACUAUUAUCUUCUUGAUGCAGCUUCAGUUUUAGCAACUCAAGCUUUGGAUUUGAAACCAGAUGAUUCUGUGCUUGAUGUUUGUGCUGCACCAGGUGGUAAAUCUUUGGCGAUUCUUCAAAGAUUAUCCGCAAAUGGUUCCCUGACAGCUAAUGAACCAUCUCUUGAUCGUCGACGUAGACUCAACCGAGUCAUUUCUGAUUAUAUUCCAUUGCAACUACAACCUCGUAUUAAUGUAGUUCGCGAGUAUCUAAAAGAGAGUUAUCUAUACGAUAAAGUAUUGGUGGAUGUUCCAUGUUCUGCGGAACGACAUUUACUCACCAGCGAAACAGAAUUCGAACAUUGGAAUGAAAAUAGAUCUAAAAAACUUGCUAAAAAACAAUUUAUUAUUCUUUGCGAUGCGGUAAAAUCAUUGAAAGUUAACGGGUUACUUGUUUAUAUAACAUGCUCAGUUAGUCGAUUGGAGAACGAUGAUCUUACGGAACAAUUUUUGCGUGAGAGUUGGGUUCCAUUGGAGUUGAUCCAAAAGGAAUGGCCUAUUGGUGAGAAAACCAAGUUUGGAUGGAUUGUUUUACCGGAUAGGAAUGAUGGAUGGGGACCAAUAUAUUUUUCAAUUGUGAAAAGAGUUGGGGCGUGGAAAGAUGAUAUUAAAACAUUGCGGUCAUAA